AAGUCGCUGUGACAGUUACUCGACACUCGCACUAGAAAUGUUGCAUGGCACGACGGCGCCACUCCAGCAGUCCCGCGUUGGACGGGAAAACCAGCGAUACGAUGGUGACGUUCGCUUGAUCGUAUGCAUCGUGCCGCUCUCACCUACGGGACAAGUGCUGUUGAUCUCCAGUUCGAAGCACAAGGAUGGAUGGAUCCUUCCCAAGGGUGGGUGGGAAAGCGACGAGUCCGUGGAAGCUUGCGCUACGCGGGAGCUGGAAGAAGAAGCGGGGGUGGAAGGAAGCGUGUUGCGACCGUUGGGAGAAGUGGACUAUGUAAGCGGCAACUCGGGCGCCGUGGGAAAAACGAGUCGAUUGCUUGGAGUUUCCGUGCGCGUCACAAAGGAAUACGACGAAUGGUCGGAGUGCAAAGACCGUAAACGGCAAUGGGUGGAUGUGGACACUGCACGAACACUGCUAGGAUCGCGGCCGGAGCUCUUGGAGAUGCUCCAGCGAGCCACGUCUUAGGGUCAUGUGUCGAAAGUGACCUGCAACAAGUUGUGGCUGAGCUAGCUUUGUCGUAAGUGAGUAAGAUAACGCGCAUUGGCGCAAAAGUGCAAAGACUGUUCAGCACUGUUUGCUCAAUGAAGUACAUGCACAAGGAAUGGAAUUCAUCCCCUGUAGUGCGUUGUACAAUGGUUGGCUUGACAAGAG